AUGCUAAUGUUGCUUUGUUUGUCUGAUUUAGCAGAGCAGGAGGAGCGCAGGAGCAGAGGGGAAACGCAGGAGCAGAGGAGCGGCAAAGCGGAGGAGGAGGAGCGGAGGAGGAGGAGCGGAGGAGGAGGAGCGGAGGAGGAGCGGAGGAGGAGGAGCGGAGGAGGAGCGGAGGAGGAGGAGCGGAGGAGGAGGAGCGGAGGAGGAGCGGAGGAUGAGCGGAGGAGGAGGAGCGGAGGAGGAGGAGCGGAGGAGGAGGAGCGGAGGAGGAGGAGCGGAGGAGGAGCGGAGGAGGAGGAGCAGAGGAGGAGGAGCGGAGAAGGAGCGGAGGAUGAGCGGAGGAGGAGGAGCGGAGGAGGAGCAGAGGAGGAGGAGUGGAGGAGGAGGAGCGGAGGAGGAGGAGCGGAGGAGGAGGAGUGGAGGAGGAGGAGCGGAGGAGGAGGAGCGGAGGAGGAGGAGCGGAGGAGGAGCGGAGGACGAGGAGCGGAGGAGGAGGAGCGGAGGAGGAGGAGCGGAGGAGGAGGAGCGGAGGAGGAGCGGAGGAGGAGGAGCGGAGGAGGAGGAGCGGAGGAGGAGGAGUGGAGGAGGAGGAGUGGAGGAGGAGCGGAGGAGGAGCGAAGGAGGAGCGGAGGAGGAGCGGAGGAGGAGCGGAGGAUGAGCGGAGGAGGAGCGGAGGAGGAGGAGCGGAGGAGGAGGAGCGGAGGAGGAGGAGCGGAGGAGGAGGAGCGGAGGAGGAGCAGAGGAGGAGGAGCGGAGGAGGAGGAGCGGAGGAGGAGGAGCGGAGGAGGAGCGGAGGAGGAGCGGAGGAGGAGGAGCGGAGGAGGAGGAGCGGAGGAGGAGGAGCGGAGGCGGAGGAGGAGGAGCGGAGGAGGAGGAGCGGAGGAGGAGGAGCGGAGGAGGAGGAGCAGAGGAGGAGGAGCGGAGGAGGAGCAGAGGAGGAGGAGCGGAGGAGUAGGAGCGGAGGAGGAGCGGAGGAGGAGGAGCCGAGGAGGAGCGGAGGAGGAGGAGUGGAGGAGGAGGAGCGGAGGAGGAGCGGAGGAGGAGGAGCGGAGGAGGAGGAGCGGAGGAGGAGCGGAGGAGGAGCGAAGGAGGAGCGGAGGAGGAGCGGAGGGGGAGGAGCGGAGGAGGAGCGGAGGAGGAGCGGAGGAGGAGCGGAGGAGGAGCAGCGGAGGAGGAGGAGCGGAGGAGGAGGAGCGGAGGAGGAGGAGCGGAGGAGGAGGAGCGGAGGAGGAGCGGAGGAUGAGCGGAGGAGGAGGAGGAGCGGAGGAGCGGAGGAGGAGUGGAGGAGGAGGAGCGGAGGAGGAGGAGCAGAGGAGGAGCGGAGGAGGAGCGGAGGAGGAGCGGAGGAGGAGCGGAGGAGGAGCGGAGGAGCGGAGGAGGAGCGGAGGAGGAGCGGAGGAGGAGAGGAGGAGCAGAGGAGGUGCAGAGGAGGAGGAGAGGAGGAGGGGAGGAGGAGCAGAGAAGCAGCGGAGGGAGGAGGCUAAGGAGGAUUCUCUGCCGUUCCCACUGCCAGUGAGUAUCCAUUUCCUGCUCUCAAUGUCUUGUUCUUUUGGAUGGAUGGUCGGAAAUGAGAUGGAGCAGAGGAGAUGGGGCAGACGGGAUGGGAGUAGCUGUGGAGUGAAGGAGCAGAGGAGGAAGGAGCGAAGGAGCUGCGGAACAGAGGAGCAGGGAGCAAGGAGUGAGGGAGUGAAGGAGAAGAGGAGGCGAAGGAGCGAGGAGCAGAGGAGCAGAGGAACGCCCUCUUCCCAUUCCGCCCUGAGCUGA